CAGUCUGCGUCCAGUCCGCCCCGAGUCUUGCGGGUCCGCCGCCAUGCCGCUAAGCCGCAGCCUGUCCGUGUCGUCGCUGCCCGGCCUGGAGGACUGGGAGGAUGAGCUGGACCUGGACAACGCUGUCCUCUUCGAGGUGGCCUGGGAGGUGGCCAACAAGGUGGGGGGCAUCUACACGGUGCUUCAGACCAAAGCCAAAGUGACUGGAGAUGAGUGGGGGGACAACUACUACCUGGUGGGGCCCUACACCGAGCAGGGGGUGCGGACCCAAGUGGAGCUCUUGGAGCCGCCCACCCCAGCCCUGCGCAAGACCCUGGACUCCAUGAACAGCAAAGGCUGCAAGGUGUACUUUGGCCGCUGGCUGAUUGAGGGCAGCCCUCCCGUGGUGCUGCUCGAUGUGGGGGCUGCCGCCUGGGCUCUGGAGCGCUGGAAGGGCGAGCUGUGGGACACUUGCAGCAUCGGGGUCCCCUGGUACGACCGCGAAGCCAAUGACGCUGUCCUCUUUGGCUUUCUCACCACUUGGUUCCUGGGAGAGUUCUGGGCUCAGAGUGAUGAGAAGCCCUUCAUUGUGGGCCAUUUCCACGAGUGGCUGGCCGGCGUGGGCCUGUGCCUAUGUCGGGCCCGGAAGCUGCCCGUGGCCACCAUCUUCACCACUCACGCCACACUCUUGGGCCGCUACCUGUGUGCUGGGGCCGUGGACUUCUACAACAACCUGGAGAAUUUCAACGUGGACAAGGAGGCUGGGGAGCGGCAGAUCUAUCACCGCUACUGUAUGGAGCGGGCGGCUGCCCACUGCGCCCAUGUCUUUACCACCGUGUCCCAGAUCACAGCCAUCGAGGCUCAGCAUCUGCUGAAGAGGAAGCCAGAUAUUGUCACCCCCAAUGGGCUUAAUGUGAAGAAGUUCUCGGCCAUGCACGAGUUCCAGAACCUGCACGCCCAGAGCAAGGCUCGCAUCCAGGAGUUUGUGAGGGGCCACUUCUAUGGCCACCUGGACUUCAACCUGGACAAGACCCUGUACUUCUUCAUCGCUGGCCGCUACGAGUUCUCCAACAAGGGUGCAGACGUCUUCCUGGAGGCCUUGGCUCGCCUCAACUACCUGCUCAGGGUGAACGGCAGUGAGCAGACCGUGGUGGCCUUCUUCAUCAUGCCCGCGAGGACCAACAACUUCAAUGUGGAGACCCUCAAGGGCCAGGCUGUGCGCAAGCAGCUCUGGGACACUGCCAACACUGUGAAAGAGAAGUUUGGGAGAAAGCUCUACGAAUCCCUGCUGGUCGGAAGCCUCCCAGACAUGAACAAGAUGCUGGACAAGGAGGACUUCACCAUGAUGAAGAGAGCCAUCUUUGCCACACAGCGGCAGUCCUUCCCCCCUGUGUGCACCCACAACAUGUUGGAUGACUCUUCGGACCCCAUCCUCACCACCAUCCGACGCAUCGGACUCUUCAAUAGCAGCGCCGACCGCGUGAAGGUGAUCUUCCAUCCUGAGUUCCUCUCCUCCACUAGCCCUCUGCUGCCCGUGGAUUACGAGGAGUUUGUUCGGGGCUGCCACCUCGGGGUCUUCCCCUCCUACUACGAGCCCUGGGGCUACACGCCUGCCGAAUGCACCGUCAUGGGCAUCCCCAGUAUCUCUACCAACCUCUCUGGCUUCGGCUGUUUCAUGGAGGAGCACAUUGCGGACCCCUCUGCCUACGGCAUCUACAUCCUGGACCGGAGGUUCCGAAGCCUGGACGACUCAUGCACCCAGCUGACCUCGUUCCUCUAUAGCUUCUGCCAGCAGAGCCGAAGACAACGGAUCGUCCAACGUAACCGCACAGAACGGCUCUCAGACCUGCUGGACUGGAAAUACCUGGGCCGGUAUUACAUGUUUGCCCGCCACAUGGCCCUGGCCAGGGCCUUCCCAGAUCAUUUCACAUAUGAGCCUCACGAUGCCGACGCCACGCAGGGCUUCCGCUACCCACGCCCAGCCUCAGUGCCUCCAUCACCAUCACUGUCCCGACACUCCAGCCCCCACCAGAGCGAGGGGGAGGAAGAAGAAGAAGGCGAGGAGAAUGGGAACCGAAGCUCGGGCUUUGAUGAGGAUAGUGAGCGCUACAAUGAGGAGGAGGAGGCCGAGAAAGACCGGAGGAACAUUCGGGCCCCUGAGUGGUCACGGAGGGCCUCGGCCACCAAACGGGGUUCUGUUGAUACGGCCCCCUCCAGUUCUCCCAGCACCCCCAGUGAGCCCCUCAGCCCUGCCAGCUCUCUGGGGGAGGAGCGCAACUAGCUGGGGCCUCCCUUUCCCCAGCCUCCCUCCCAGGCUUUGCCUCGUUUGUCCUCUCCAGCCUGGGAGCUGGGAGGCCUGCAGGGGGGCCCUUAGAGGUCCUCUUCCCUCUCCCUCUUGGCAGCUCCAGUCAUACACUCCAGAGCCCUGAGUUUGGGACUGCCUCCCUCUCCCUGCUGGCUAUCACACACUCCCAGAAGAUGCCCCACCCUGGGCCCCUUAGACUGGCUCCUGGCCAGAGCCCUGGUUGUGCCAGCCCCAGGCUAGGGGCAGGGUGGGGUCUGGGUGGCCUGGGGCCUCUCACCCUGAUGGAUCCGUCCUUGGAAAAGGCCUGUAUGUUUUCACAAAUAAAAGGAUUUUCAGCA